CCUCCCCCAGCCGAGGACUGGAGGGGGACAGGGCCCAAGAUGGCGGCGGUGGCGGAGGAGCGGCUCCUGUCGGAGGGGGAAGGAGGCGCCAUGGGCUCGGCGCGCCUCUCCCCGCCCCCGGCCCCCCAGCUCCAGGGGGGCCCGGCGCCCUUGGAGCAGCUCCCUCAGAGCAACACGCUGGUGGGGCUGCCCAUCGUGGCCAUCGAGAGCAUCCUCGGCUUCCUCUCCUACGACGAGACCAGCCAGCUCCGCCUGGUUUGUAAGCGAAUGGACUUGGUCUGCCAGCGAAUGUUAAAUCAGGGAUUUCUGAAAGUGGAAAGAUAUCACAACUUGUGUCAGAAACAGGUUAAAGCACAACUUCCAAGGCGAGAGUCAGAAAGAAGAAACCAUUCAUUAGCUCGCCAUGCAGACAUCCUUGCUGCUGUAGAAACAAGGCUCUCUCUGUUAAACAUGACUUUCAUGAAAUAUGUGGAUUCCAAUCUCUGUUGCUUCAUACCUGGAAAGGUGAUUGAUGAAAUUUAUCGUGUGCUACGGUACGUAAACUCUACAAGAGCCCCUCAGAGAGCCCAUGAAGUCCUUCAAGAAUUAAGAGACAUCUCAUCCAUGGCUAUGGAAUACUUUGAUGAGAAGAUUGUUCCAAUUCUAAAACGAAAGUUGCCUGGAUCAGAUGUAUCAGGUCGUCUCAUAGGAGCUGCCCCAGUUCCAGGUCCCUCUGCAGCCCUAACAACAAUGCAGCUAUUCUCCAAGCAAAACCCUUCUAGGCAGGAAGUCACCAAACUCCAGCAGCAAGUCAAAACGAAUGGUGCAGGUGUGACUGUUCUAAGGCGGGAAAUUUCAGAGCUUCGCACCAAAGUGCAAGAACAACAGAAACAGCUCCAAGACCAAGACCAGAAACUGCUAGAGCAAACCCAAAUCAUAGGUGAACAGAAUGCCCGAUUGGCUGAGCUUGAACGCAAACUGAGAGAAGUAAUGGAAAGUGCAGUAGGCAGUUCUUCAGGUUCUGGCUCAAAUGAGGAGUCCCUUAGGAAACGGAGAAAGGCAGUUGAAUCCAUAGACUCUCCUAGGAAAUCCAAACGCCUUCGAAACAGAAAAUAACUUUGGAGUAAAUGACACCUCCAGAAGAUUACACUGCUUUAGUAGCCCAAGCAGAUUUGCUUGUCUGGAUACUGUGAUUAGCAGCAUGGUGUCAUUUAGGCUGCUGGCUCUUCAAAACACCACAUAGACUUGAACAGUAACUUUCUCUCAUUGCUGAGACUUUUUUCCCUCUGCUUCUGUCUGGGUGGGCCUAAUGCACAGGAUCUUUAUAAUUUGCAAUAGAUUUGUACUAACCAGACCUGCUCUAUCAUGUUUUGAAGAGUUAACUUUUUUUCUGUGCAGAUGAUAUGUGUUAAAGUAAACUUAUUUGUGUUAUGCAUAUAUUCACAUAAGAGAUCUUAAAUAAAUCCAGUCUUGACUGAUUAGAAAGUUAAGCUUACAAACAGAUGUCCUGUUCACUUGAAGAAAAGACCCACUUUUUAAAUCUUGUUUAAAAAAGUUGACUUUUUUGUUACAAGUGACCUUGUCUGGAAUGUCUGAAAAGUAGUUAAUACUUUUUGGAAUCUAUGUAACGAGUAAAAGUGACUUCUUACGCUACA